CCUCAGGUGUGUGGUCAGGGUUGUCCAACCUGGGAAGCUCAUGUCUGAGAUGAGGCUCCAGCCCUUGUCUCCACAUUCAGGGGCUCAAGUGGUCAGCUCGUUAGGAAAAAACCAUAAAGGACCUCCUCCUGACAUGAGACAGCCACUUUCUGGAAAGUCCUUCUACUUGGAUCUGCCUGCUGGCAAGAAUCUCCAGUUUCUGAUGAGAGCUAUCCAGCAGCUGGGUGGGGUGAUCGAGAGCUUUCUAAGCAAGGAAGUGAGCUACAUCGUAACCAGCCGAAGGCAACCCAAAGCAGAGAAGAGUCCACCGGGCCAGCAGGGCUUCACGAGCCUUAGGAAAAGGCGUGUGGAAAUGACUUCUCCAGCUGAUCCUAAAGGCGGCCAGAAGCUUUCGCCAAAGCCGAGAGAUGCUGUUCCCAUGAGCAGAGGAAAAGAGCUGUUGCAAAAGGCCAUCAAAAAUCAGGGUAGCAGCAGUGGCAGUCCUGGCGGUAGCAGCAGCCUCCUGAGCAAUGCCCGAUCCUGGGGAGUACAGAUUCUCCAUGUUGAUGAAAUGUUGGUGCAUGUGCAGCAGUUGUGCCUUGGUAUUUUGCGAAUGACCGAGCAAGAACAAAGGAAGCCAAAGAAAGCAUGUGCAGCAGUGGAAUCGAGAGCCCCUAAAGUGGCAAGAUUGAAGGUUCCAUUCUUAAAGAUCGAAGACAGCAGCAGAAAAUUUCAACCUUUCUACCAUCAAUUCAAGUGCUUUCCUGAGCUUAUCUUCCUGGGACCCCAAAACACAAGUCCUUUUGAAACUCCAAGAACCUCCUUCCACAAACCCAAAGCCAAAGACGCUGAAGGUGCUGAGCUGAGCCCCCAGUCUCCGGCCUGUACGGUGCCCAGGAGGAAGAAGGGCUACUGUGAGUGCUGCCAAGAGGACUUUGAGGAGCUCCACGGGCAUCUCCAAAGUGACCGGCACAGGGGCUUUGCCGUGGAAGCAUCCAAUUAUGCAGCAGUGGAUCAGAUCUCAUCCCAGCUGAGCAGUAACUUUGCUGAACUCUCCAUUCAGAUGGUGCCCCCCAGGCUGCCGGGCUCUCCAGCUGUUGGUCUGGAACAUCAGAGUUGGGGUUCUUUCCAAAGAUCACCUCCUCCAAGCCACCGUCCAGAUCCCAGGGCUUCCUCUCCUGGGACAAAUGGAACCCUGGGAAGGGUGGAGAAGAAAGGAGAUGACCAUUUAUCAUCAGGCACUCUUGACCCCUUGGCACCAGCUGAACAGACUAGUGAUGGGAAGGUUGUAGAAGCAGAGGGUUCCAAGAGCUCAGGCCAGUCGGGUGGGAUUGUUAGGGACUCCUCCAGGGCACCAUUGCUAACUCACCGACUCACUCUGGCUUGUGCCACUUCUGUGGAACUCCUGGCUCAACCCCAUUGUUGUGACAGGUUGGCAGCCCCUUCUUCCCUCAGUGAGCAAAACAGCUCAUUGAUGGGCCAUAAGCGGAAACUCCAGUCCCCUAAUUGUAGGGCUGAGAAAAAACUUCGGGUUCCCAUUGAUGCUCUGCGCUAUCCCAGCAUCUCAGACAUGCCUGUCUUGUGCCCUCUGGUAGCUGGGCAUGAACAAAGAGACACUUUAUCUCCCCCUCCCCACCACAGCGUGAAUCCAGACAUUUUGCUUGUUUCUCCAGUUGGUGCUGCCCACAAGUGUACAUCUCCCUCUCCCUCCCAGCACAUCUCUCCUAGCAAGCUUCAGAGACAUCCACGGUGCUCUGAUCUCCCAGGCUUGGAAGUAGACAUAAUAACAAAGGUGUCCGAGGAUGAAGGCCUUCUCUCUCUCCAAGAAGGGGCCCAGAGAUCCCCAAAGCUGUCUUCCUGUUGGGUCUCUAGUCCUUCCCCUGAUCAUCAUUCUCAGUCUAGCUACCCACCCUGCCAAUCUGCACCCCUCCCGCUGACAACCUUUAGCUCUGACAAGCAUUUGCAAGGAACCAGUUUCCUGUCAUCAUUAGAGGAUGUGGUAUCCCCUCCUCAUUGCCCACCAUCAGAGAGAUGUGGUAAUGUGGAUGGCACCUGGCACCCCAUUCCUUCUGCAGCCCCCAUCUCCCUCCUUCCCGCUAAAGUUAGCUCUCCACUGUUGGUGGAACACUGUUCUUCAGAGUCAGAAUGGGACACACAGCUCCUCUCAAAGCUAGAAAGGCCACAGGCUUCACGAGACCGCUCCUUGGAUGCCGAAGGUCUCCGCCGGGCCCGGAUCGUGAUAGUAGACAGUGGCUAUGAGUCCCACCUCUAUUCAGUGCUACAGCCCAAACCUGAGCUAGAUUGGGAAAGGAAGGAAGAGCAGAAUCAAGGGAACUGCCGAACAGAGACAGAUGGUGCCCCCUUCUUGAACUUUGAGGCCUGCCUGGACACCUGGACCAGCUGAGCAAGCUCCUUGAAGCUAGUACAGAUAGCUGGGCAUUUUUGUAGACCCAGCUUAAUCUAACCCUACUGAACUCCAGAGAUUUCAUGUAGAAUGGGCUGGGCUGACCUGGUGCCUCCUUCCUCCAUGAUGCCCCACAGCCAUGACCCCUCUGUCUACAUGCCUUGUUCAGGGCAAUAAUCCUUGAACAGGAUGUCACUACCUUCCCUCCAUUCUAAGAGGCAUGAUUGGCAUAGAGAGAAAUUGUAAAUUUAACAACAGGAGUUACAUUCAUUCCAGUUUUCCAUUAUAGCCAAAGCAUUUUCCCCCUUAAAAGGGCUAAGGUUUCCCCUAGAAUUAGCCUCCCAUCCCACAAAUAUCUGGUUCACUUGUGCUCAAUCUCCUCCCCCCUCAGUCUCUGCUACACAGCAGCACACAGAUCUGGUACUGGGGGGUUGGGGAGGGGAUUGGCACUUGCCAAGUCCAUGGAGUUUCCUCCCAACACACUUAGCUGGCUCCUAGCACCGACCUUUUCCCUCCAUUCCAGGAUGGAGCUGGGUGGGGAGCUGAUGUAAACCUUUCCAGCCAUUUCCCCAGGCUCAGCAGGGAGCCCACCCCCAAUAACUUAGAGGCCCUGCCUUCCUGAGAUAAUUAUCAUUACUCCACUUACUCCCCCAUCACUGUCCGCAUUCCUCGGAGCCCUCACUCCACUCUGCUGAACCAUUAAUCUGUAAAUAGAGAUGGAUUUGCUAUUGAUUCCUUGAAUGCUCCUCCCCCCACUUUUAAUCUAUGCUGCAGUUCUCAUUCUCUGUGUCUAUCUCUUUCCUCCACUUAUUCUUUUAAUUGGAACUGCCUGAGGCUUGAUGCUAAUAAAUGACUAAGUUUAAGGGAAAGUUGGCACAGGUCUUCAUGAAGACCUUAGUUAUUAACUUGGAAAUGAAAUAACUGAUGUACAAGCCCCAAUCCCCUGUUUGGCAUUUUAAAUAGUAUU